CGUGCGAUGCAGCGAUUCUCUGAACUGGAGCUGAAGGAGAACGAGGAAGGAGGAGGAGGAGAGGAGGACGAGGAAGAGAAGGUGAUGAUGACAGCAGUAGACAGCCAACAGAGAGACGCAGGGAGAGGAGAAGAAGAGGAGAAGAGUGAAGGAGGAGGAGGAAGAACUGCCUCUGCAGCCGCCGCUGAGGCAGCGACAAAUGAGGAGGAAAACAAAGAGGAGGAAGGAGGAGAGGAGAGACAAAUGGAUCUGUCUCCAGGCCGAGGCCUCUCUCCUGGACUCUCAGGUUCAGACUUCAGGAGGAGAAUCUUCAGUCUGGAGCCGUUUCACCAGAGCAGCAUCACCAGCAGCCGGCUGAAGAGAGGGAGGGAGGAGGAGCAGGAGGACGAGGAGACGGACUCGACCCCUGAGGACGUGAAGAAGCUGAAGGUUUGCAUCGAGCUGAACGGCCUCAGACUCAACAAACCCCGCCUUCCUGGGGAGCUCAACCAAUGGCUGCUUCCCAGCCAGAGGUCAGUAGAGCCGGACAGGAAGUUCAGGAUGGACGUCCCUGGUUUCAGAGCACCCAACAGAGGCUGGAGUGACCCGAUGACCACGAAGAGGGAUGACCUGAGAGUGUUCCACAUGGCCCUCCCACCUCCACCGCCCAUCUCCCCAUGCAACCUUUCAGCCCCGCCCUCCUCGCCUCCUCCCGCCUCCAGGACAAACACCAGAGGCUGA